AUGGGAUCAUUCGGUGGCCAUGUCCUUCCCGGAAGUAUUUUCAUCCUCUUUUCCUUUAUGAUGAGUAUUAAUGCGUGUGUCACAUUUCAUCAAAGUUCACGAAGGGGCAAACGCUUCAAAUCUUUUUCCUUCUUCUAUGUACCUUGUGUCAGACUACAGCGUGUGCCGCUUGAAGCUGUGCUUAAACUCUUGCUGACGACUGUUGGGAUAGGAAUCGAAGUCUAUAAUGGCUUCUCCAAUGGAAAGUUUGUUGUCAUGGGAAAUGCCCAGCAUGCCACAAUGUAUGCCUAUUUUGGCUUUAAUGCUUUAACUGAACUCUUAGUUCAUUUUAAAGCGCCUCUUCCACGUAACACUGAGUAUGUAACUCUUGCUAUGGCAUUCAUGGUCGAAGGACUUCUUUUCAAAUUCCAUCUUCAUGGCCGCUCUCAACUGGACGUUCUCGUCCAUACACUAUUGUUGUAUGUGGUGUACGCUUGUAUCAUCUCGGUGAUUGUAGAGAUGAAAUAUCGAUAUUCUAUCUUGUCCCCUCUGGCUCGGGCAUACUUUUUGCUUAUCCAGGGCACCUGGUUUUGGCAAGUUGGUUUUAUUCUUUACAACCCAUCGCCAAAUGCAGUACCAUGGAAGGCCGACGACCACGGGGAAUUAACACUGGUAACCUUACUCUUUGCAUGGCACGCGCUGGCUGACUUCAUUAUCCUACUGGUGACGGCUGUAACCAUCCAUGUCUGCUGUCGUCGGAGAAAUGAAAUGGCAGAAACCGAAGUCGGCUUAAAAAGGUUGUUGCAUUCAGGAAGCAAUGAUCAAUUGGCUGUGUGCGUACAGUCUGACACUGACGGUGAUAUCUGAUUCAUUUAUGAUUGUAUCCACCAGUUUUCUUUAUUUGUUGCAAAAGAUCUUGUUGUAUUUCUUCAAGGGCAUAUUUACAAUCUGGGUAGAGUAUAGGCAAAUUAUUUAUUCAUUUCAUUACCCUCAUAAAACAUUUCACUGCAUCUUCUAACUGUCGAUGUUUGUGUCAAGAAAUAUGAUUUGUAAUGUGCAAUGUAAUCUUGCAAGGAGAAAUUAUAUUUUUGUCAUUUCGAGUACAACAUUGUAAAUAAAACUAAUGUUUUAUGGAUAGGAUUGAGUUCACAGAUCAAAGAUGCUAAUAUUAGCCGUUUACAUAUUAACAAAGGACGAAAGUUCAUGUAU